CAUUACUAAAAUAAUGUUGAUGAAAAAUUCAUUCAUCUUCAUUUUGGUAGCUAUUUUGAUAAUAUUUCUAAAUGAAUUUAGCGACCCUAUUAGAGCUUCUUUAAAUUCUAAUUUUGUUUACAUAGAUGGAACUCAUUUUGCAUUAGAAGGAAAACCCUUUUAUUUGAAUGGAUUUAAUUCUUAUUGGCUAAUGUAUAUGGCUUCUGAUCCAUCAACAAGAAAUAAAGUUACAAAUAUAUUCCAACAAGCUUCUAAAUAUAAGAUGAAUGUAGCUAGAACUUGGGCUUUUGCUGAUGGUGGUUCUAAACCUUUACAAUCUGCCCCUGGCGUUUAUAACGAACAAAUGUUUCAGGGAUUGGAUUUUGUGAUAUCAGAAGCCAAGAAUUAUGGAAUUCACUUAAUUCUUUCAUUAGUUGAUAAUUUUGAAGCUUUUGGAGGAAAAAAACAAUAUGUAGCAUGGGCAGUGCAAAAAGGGCAACAAUUAACAAGUGACGAUGAUUUCUUCACUAAUCCUAUGGUCAAAGAAUUCUACAAAAACUAUGUCAAGGAUGUGCUUACAAGAGUUAAUAAAAUAACCAAUAUGGCAUAUAAAGAUGAUCCAACAAUUCUUUCAUGGGAGUUAAUAAAUGAGCCUCGUUGCCCAUCUGACCUCUCUGGAAAAACAAUACAGAAUUGGAUUACAGAAAUGGCGGGACAUUUGAGAUCAAUAGAUACAAAUCAUCUCUUGGAGAUUGGACUUGAAGGAUUUUAUGGGAAUGACAAGAAACAAUAUAACCCUAAUUCUAUCAAUUAUGGGACUGAUUUCAUCUCCAACAAUCAAAUUACAGGAAUUGAUUUUACCACAAUUCAUAUUUACCCUGACCAAUGGUUACCAGGUUCAACUCCAGAGGCCCAAGACAAUUGGGCUUCACAAUGGAUCCAAGCCCAUAUAGAUGACUCCAAAUUGUUGAAGAAGCCCAUAUUAAUUGGAGAAUUUGGCAAAUCUUCAAAUACCACAGGAUACAAUAUUGAAAUGAGAGAUAAUUAUUUUGGAAAAAUAUAUGGAAAUAUUUUUAAUUGUGCCAAAAAUGGAGACCCAUGUGGUGGGGGGCUUUUUUGGCAAUUAUUGGAUCAAGGAAUGGAAAAUUAUGGUGAUGGUUAUGAAGUGGUUUUGCAAGCAAGCCCAUCAACUGAUAGAGUUAUACUCUUACAAUCUCUUAGGCUAUCUAAGCUAUCAUAG